GGCAGCGCGGUCGGCGGCGCCUAUUUCCCGCCAUUGUGCGAAGUGGAGGCUGGGGGCCCGCACGCGCCGCCUGCCCGUGGCCAGCUGCUUCUCGGCUGUCGCCGCCACAGCCGCGGUUCCCUGAGGCGCCGGGAGGCCGGGCGGCCCGCGCCCCGAAGCUCGCCGUGCGUGGGAGGGCGCGGGCUACGAGCGACCGAGCCCCCGAGGAGGAGCCGCGGCGCGGGACGCCGGGCCGCGGCGGCCCCGGCCCGUCGGCGAGAUGCCCUGUGGGGAGGAUUGGCUCAGCCACCCGCUCGGGAUCGUGCAAGGCUUCUUCGCCCAAAAUGGAGUUAAUCCUGACUGGGAGAAGAAAGUAAUUGAAUAUUUUAAGGAAAAGCUGAAGGAAAAUAACGCUCCUAAAUGGGUACCAUCACUGAAUGAAGUUCCCCUUCAUUAUUUGAAACCUAACAGUUUUGUGAAGUUUCGUUGCAUGAUUCAGGAUAUGUUUGACCCUGAGUUUUACAUGGGAGUUUAUGAAACGGUUAACCGAAACACAAAAGCACGUGUCCUUCAUUUUGGAAAAUACAGAGAUGUAGCAGAGUGCGGGCCUCAACAAGAAGUUGAUUUAAACUCCCCACGAACUACCACUUUGGAAAGACAGACUUUCUAUUGUGUCCCAGUGCCUGGGGAAUCUACGUGGGUAAAAGAAGCCUAUGUUAAUGCAAACCAAGCUCGAGUCAGUCCGUCUACGUCCUACACUCCCAGUCGUCACAAGAGGAGUUACGAAGAUGAUGAAGAUAUGGACCUACAGCCCAAUAAACAGAAAGACCAACAUGCAGGUGCCAGGCAAGCAGGGAGUGUUGGUGGUCUUCAGUGGUGUGGAGAGCCAAAACGUUUAGAAACUGAAGCUUCUGCUGGCCAACAGCUGAACUUCUUGAACCUCUCUUCUCCUUUUGACCUGAAUUUUCCACUGCCAGGGGAGAAGGGCCCUGCAUGCCUUGUGAAGGUCUAUGAAGACUGGGAUUGUUUCAAAGUCAAUGAUGUUCUUGAGUUAUAUGGUGUCCUAUCUGUGGAUCCUGUGCUAAGUAUACUGAAUAAUGAUGAAAGAGAUGCCUCUUCACUCCUGGAUCCGAUGGAAUGCACGGACACGGCCGAGGAGCAAAGAGUGCACAGCCCUCCCGCUUCAUUAGUGCCAAGAAUUCAUGUGGUUUUAGCCCAGAAGUUGCAGCACAUCAAUCCUUUACUGCCUGCUUGCCUUAACAAGGAGGAGAGCAAAACCUGUAAGUUCGUUUCAGGUUUCAUGUCUGAAUUGUCUCCCGUCCGAGCAGAGCUGCUUGGGUUCCUCACGCAUGCACUUCUGGGAGACAGCUUGGCCGCCGAGUACCUGAUCCUGCAUCUCAUCUCCACGGUGUAUACAAGAAGAGAUGUUCUUCCACUGGGAAAAUUCACAGUUAACUUGAGUGGUUGCCCAAGGAAUAGUACCUUCACAGAACACUUGUACCGGAUUAUUCAACAUCUUGUUCCAGCAUCUUUUCGUCUGCAAAUGACUAUAGAGAACAUGAACCAUUUGAAAUUCAUCCCCCACAAAGACUAUACAGCCAACCGCCUGGUCAGCGGGCUCCUGCAGCUCCCGAGCAACACUUCCCUCGUGAUCGACGAAACUCUCCUCGAGCAAGGGCAGCUGGAUACACCAGGUGUUCAUAAUGUGACUGCCCUGAGCAACCUAAUAACGUGGCAAAAGGUGGAUUAUGACUUCAGUUACCACCAGAUGGAAUUCCCCUGCAAUAUUAAUGUGUUUAUUACUUCGGAGGGGCGGUCACUCCUUCCGGCGGACUGCCAGAUCCACCUGCAGCCGCAGCUCGUCCCGCCCAACAUGGAGGAGUACACGGACAGCCUCCUGUCGGCCGUGCUGCCGUCCCUGCUCAACAAGUUCCGCAUCUACCUGACGCUGCUGAGGUUCCUGGACUACAGCAUCUCCGACGAGAUAACCAAGGCAGUUGAAGAUGACUUUGUGGAAAUGCGCAAGAACGACCCUCAGAGCAUCACUGCAGAUGACCUCCACCAGCUGCUCAUUGUGGCUCGGUUUCUGUCUCUCAGUGCCGGUCAGACAACACUGUCAAGAGAGCGAUGGCUCAGAGCAAAGCAGCUGGAGUCUUUAAGAAGAACCAGGCUUCAGCAGCAGAAAUGUGUGAAUGGAAAUGAACUUUAAAGAUCUGACGCCUAGUAGAGUGGUGGGCAGAUUGUGGCCACAUUAUUGUAAAAUUCAAAUACCAUUUAUACCACAUUGUUUUGUAGAUAAUUUGUAUCAAAAACCAAUGACUUUUCCUGAAAUCAGCCUGGUAACAUCUGAAGUUUAUAUAAUAUUCAGUAAGAGCUUUUACCUUACUGAUUUUAUGGAGCUUUUGAUUGUUUUAUAAUUAUAUAAAUUAGUAACAAUGUACAAAAAUGUAUUUGAUAUUAAAAGUUUAAUAUUGACGAUAAUGUUGCUGAUACCAUUUCCUUAGUUUCAGCUAAGUCAUAGGUCAGAUUCUGUUGAUGCUAAUGUCAGCUUCACUUGAAAAUUGUUGGAAUUCCAAAGUCAGAGGAGUUGUUCACUUGAGAUUUUUACAAUGUCUUUCCAAUUAACAGUGGGUCUGAAUGUGUUUAGUGGUCGAAGUUUGGGGAAUGGGGUGUACCUGCCAUUAAAUUCACAUAACUGUGUGAAAUUCUGUAGUAUCGUUUCCCAAACAUUUGACCACAGAAGUUUUUUUCCACUUAAACAGUUGUUAAUAACCUACAGAAUUAGUCUUUUUUACAUGGCAGUGGUUCCCAGACUUUUGGAUUCCAUGGACCAGUAACAUUUCCAAAAAUUUGGGGGACAGGGUUGCCAAUGUAUUUUGCCAAGUAAUCUGAAAGAAACCACUGUAUUAUAUCACUUUUUUUUUUUUUUCAUGAAAGGACAGUCUCAGAAUGAGAGUCCUUUAAAUGGAAUAAAUAUAGCUUUUUUGGAAAAAAAACACUACAUUGUCCUUAUUUUUCUCAUUUCACCCCCGUGCAUUUGGGAACCACUGUUUUAUGGAACUUAAAGGAAUGCUGCCCUAGGAUAGGUUGUUUUGCCCAAAUAGGAAGAAAGCAAAGUUAACUUUUUAAAAUAUGCCUUCUGUAGAAAAUAAAGUUUUCAAUUGUUUUCCUAA